AUGCAGGGAGCAUUCAAAGUAUCCAUCGAAAGUUACGUGAUCUAUUUCACGAGAGAUCUUGGACUUUCCAAUGAGGAUUACAGAGAAUGGCAAACGGUUGAAGUUCCGUCGACACAAACCCGGUACAAGUUCGGUUAUCAGGUCGGUCUCAAGCCAAAAACAUUUUAUCGUGUACGAGUUAGUGCGAAAAACGAUGUCGCAGAAGGUCCAGUCAGCGACACGAAGGAGUUCGAGACAGCUUACUCUGAACUACCUAUUCCGACGGACAUCAAAACAAAGGUGGCAGAAGACAAUUCCCUUACCAUCACUUUCACAGCAGUAAGAGAUCCCGACGACCACUCGAAUAUCAUACAGGUAACUCGGACUUCAUUUGUGACACUUCCUUGCAGCUACAGUCUCAUUUUGUCUUUAUUGGGUGCGUGA